ACUACCUUGCUUGUCUUUUCGCUCGUGGUCCACCGUUUAUAUGAAUCGCGUAAAAGUAAUCAGCGAAAAUUACGCAUUUUGUUGAAGCGUUUACGGCAAUCGCAACGCAACUGUCGACGCGUUUAAUGCUGUGAACUCUCUUCAACGGCCAUGUUUGGGAGCCUUUUAGAGAGAGUAUCAUUUCGGAAGCGUCGUUUCUGCAUUUCGCAGCGUCGGUGCAAUCGUGGCGCGUUUUUUCAUUGUAUAACCCGAUAUAGCUCAUAUCAUUAGCUCUUGUUAUUACUACCGCUCGCGUCUUAUUGUGAUCGUGUUUUUUUCGUUUGUUUGUUUUUUCUCGGAAUAAUUAGUUCCGUGAUAACGAAAUUUUCCAUUUUUUCCAUUGACUCCCGAGAAAUGUAUAAUUUUCCACGAACGAUUUUCCCGUCAUACCAAUCGAUCAAAUUUUUUUUUCGUUCUCUACCUCAGUGCAGGUUAAAAAUAAAAAAUACCGCAACUUUUCACUCUCAUGGGAGCAUCUGGAUCGCGCUAUGCACCUGGAUUACUUGACGAACGUUCGGUUCUCCCCACCCUUUCUCCAAGAUUUCUAACUAGAGGACUUUGACAAUGGAUCAACUGAGCGAAGGCCAGGCAGUAAUGGUCGGAGGUGCGGGUGGAACAGUUCAAGUAGUACAAAUGGGACAGGGCGGUCAAACAAUGAUGUUGCCGCAAGCAAUACAAGUUGCUGGGCCCAAUGGCCAGAUUCAAGUAGUUCCCGUGUCUAGUUUGGCUGGUGCCGGACAGCAAAUAGUCAUACAACAACCACAGACUCCUCAAAUUAUUCAAACCCCUGAUGGCCAGACUUACAUAUAUCAGCCGGUUCAAUUAGAUGGCCAAGUUCAACAGACGCAACCUACCGUUAUCAACAUCAAUGGAAAUCUUAUGCAAAUAGCUGGCACAACGUCACAAGCUACAACAGCGACGGCAGCAGCUCCUGUGCAACCAAUGUCGAGUCCAAAUGCAGCAACUUCACAGGCAGGAAAUAUUGUCAUGAUGGUACCUGGUAACAGUGGACAAGCACAGUUCCAAAGAGUUGCUCUCCCUAACGCUGAAUUCCUCGAAGAAGAACCUUUAUACGUAAACGCUAAGCAAUACAGACGUAUAUUAAAGAGACGUCAAGCCCGAGCGAAACUCGAAGCUGAAGGGAAAAUCCCUAAAGAACGCCCAAAAUACCUUCACGAAUCUAGACACCGACACGCGAUGAAUCGAAUCAGGGGAGAAGGUGGACGUUUUCAUUCUGGUCAAGUAAAAAAACGAAACCGUUCCUCAAACGCGAAUUUGAUAGCACAACACAUAACAACGUCGUCGAGCGGUAACACAAUUCGCACGAUAUCAUUACCAACGACUGCGAAUGUUCAGCAUCACAAUACAGAUAACAUGACAUCCACGAUCAUAAUUGAGGGAGCUGGUGCAUCGUUACCGGAAAUGAUAACAGAUGCCACGAUCGUAACGGACGGACGUUGAAAAUCUCGGUUUUACGAGAUAAGUGGAAUUUUCAAUUUUACACGCGAAAUGUGAAUCGAUAAAUAUAUGUAUAUGCACGUUGACAUAUGUACAUACAUAUAUUUACAGUGUAUAUAGGGAACAAAAUACGAACGUUCAAGGAGAAUGGGAUAUUUUACGUGAUCGUUUAUUUGCCAAAGCGGUCUGUAAGAUAUCUCACGAUUUUCUCACGAUUAAUAUUUUUAGUGUAAAUAUUUAUUAUUAUCGUUAUGGUGAUAAUUAUUAUCAUUCGUCUCUUAGCGCCGUAAUUUUGCAUCAAUGCUCGUCGUUCUACUUUCAUCUUUUAAAAAUUUGAAAUCGACAUUGGAACACCACAAGUGGAUCAACGAUUGGAACAUAAUUUUCCCUCUAAAUAAUUCAUAUCCUGAUUUUCUUCACAUACGCUUUUAUAGCAAAAUGUGCCUAACGUAACGAUUCCGUAUGUUUUUUUUUCCUCUAUCCUUCAAACUUCUUUUUCACCACACAUGCGUCGAAAGUUCAACUUUCCGAAAUCGGAAGGUUGAAUUUUCGGUGCAUGUGUGGUGAAGAAUACCUCAGACCGCAUGCUUGUCACCCUUACCUUCGGCUUGGGUGACAAUUCUGCCCGCAGUCUACUUUCCUUCCCUAAGUGCGUAAUAUACUAUUAUCCGAUUCCGGCACUCAGGUACUUAUUUGAGAGUUAAUUUUUCGCUAGACCCGUGCUCGUGAUCAUAUAAUUUACUAAUCGGAAUCGUCGUGCCUCUGGAUCUACAAAAUGAAGCUCUAUUUAAGGCAAAUUAAAUAAUUACAACUUAUCACUUCGACGAUUCUUCCUUGCUGAUGUGAGAUGGAGCAAAUUUUUACGGAAAAAAAUAUCAUAGAUGAUUAGAACCAACAAAUUUCCGUUCACGAUGAUCUUUGUAAAUAAGAAGCGUACACACACAUACGCGCGCGCGAAAGACUAUAAGAACAUUGGAAACGUGUCUAAAGAUUUUGUAUUGUCUGAAAAAGAAUGUAAGAGAAAAAAAAAACAAAAAAUUUACAAAUUUGUACAUGAAUGCAAGAACUUCAAGGGAAUCUUGAAUGAAAAUUUUCUCUUGUUUUCUUCUUCUCUUUUGUACCGAUUCGACAUGACGAUUUAUACUUCGAUAUUAAUCAGAGUGUGACAGUAUGAAAAUAUAUCACAGUUUCGACUCCGAA